UGAGAUACAGCGCGUCACCCUGCACGAGCGCUCCCUGAAUCAGCCAAUCACCGUCCUUUGAGCGUGGGCUGGACUUGUGAUUGGUUGAGGUGACGGCAGAGGCGCUGUGCUGUGAUUGGCUGGUCGGGCUCGUGAUUGGCAGAGCGGAGCGGUAGAUUCGGAGCUCCUCAUCCCCGGCGCUGUCCACAUGAGAGCGGGUUCUGGAACGCACCGCGCGGGAGCUCACACCGCGCACGCACGCACGCACGCACUCACUCACUCACACCGCGAGCGCUUCCAAACGGACGGAUUUUCAAUAAUAAUAAUAAUAAUAAUAAUAAUAAUAAUAAAUUAGAAUUCCUUCACGCAGUGAAAACAAAACUACAACCACAACAAGCAUCCUGAGGAGAGUCUUUAAUUCUAUUUAAACCUAUUCUCACGCGACCGCAAAACUUCAUUUUUUUUGUGUGUGUGUGUGUGUGUUUCUGUGCGGGACACCGGAGCGCACGCGGAUUCGUGCCAUGGCGCGUUACAGAGCGCGCGCUUUAUAUAUGUAGAGAUGCGCCGUUUAGGUCCUCACGUGCAGACGCUCGCGCUGUCGGAGUUACAGAGAGCGGCUUCUUCUACAACUAAAUCUAAUGGGACGCUUGGAGUUCAAGAAACCAGCACAGGACUAACGGGAGGAAGAAGUGCACCGUUUUUUUGAAGGUGUAAAAAAAAAACAAAAACAACCGGAUAACGGGAUUUUACAGCGUGGGAAGAAUUUCCUCAGUCGAAGCUUCAUCAUGGCUGCAUUUGAUUUUUCUUGACCCGUGCGUGUAUGCUUCCUGUUGGGAUUGUUUCCUCCAGAAGGGUUUAUGGCACAAACCACAGACCUUCCAUGUGCAUCUGAACAGAAAUCAUUCUUCAUCAUAGGCUAUAUGCGGUUAUAUAUUUUUUCAAGAAUUUUUCUUUUUUUAAAGAACAAAUAAUCACUUCUUCCUUCUUCCUCGAGGAACUCGUUGGCCUUCUUCAAGUUGUUUUUUUUUUUUUUUUGCUGUUGAAUUUAUUAUUACUUUUUUUUAAUUGAAAGUGUUGGAGAACCGACUGAAUGGACUGAACGUUUAAAUAAAUUAAAAAAGAAAAAAAAGAAAUAACAAUCUGUGCAUCACGUCGUUCAAGUCGUUUAACCCGCCUGGAAGUGGCCGUGACCUCUGACCUAUGGAAAUUCACUGCAAGCACGACCCGUUCGCCGCGAUGCAUAGGCACGGAGGGGUGAACCAGCUUGGGGGGGUGUUUGUGAACGGGCGGCCGCUGCCCGACGUGGUGAGGCAGAGAAUCGUAGAGCUGGCUCACCAAGGCGUACGGCCAUGCGACAUUUCCCGCCAGCUGCGCGUCAGCCACGGCUGCGUCAGCAAGAUCCUGGGCAGGUACUACGAGACGGGCAGCAUCAGGCCAGGCGUGAUCGGAGGAUCCAAACCAAAGGUUGCUACACCCAAAGUCGUCGACAAAAUCGCUGAUUACAAACGCCAAAACCCCACCAUGUUUGCCUGGGAGAUACGAGACCGACUACUGGCCGAGAGAGUGUGUGACAACGACAGCGUGCCCAGCGUCAGCUCAAUCAACAGGAUCAUUCGCACUAAAGUCCAGCAGCAGCCUGGCCAAUCAGGAAGCGUCUCUGCGCAUAAUUUAGUGUCCACCGUGGCGGUGACCCAGGUCUCCGCGGUAACCAGCGACGCCGCAGGCUCCUCGUACUCCAUCAGUGGAAUUCUGGGAAUCAGCUCGGCGGCUGACGCUAGCAAGAGAAAGAGAGAUGAAAAUCUUCAGGAUUCUUCGUUGGCGAACGGCCACGCCCACUCAGGCCGGGACUUCCUGCGCAAGCAGAUGCGGGGAGAGCUCUUCACGCCACAGCAGCUCGAGGUAUUGGACUGCGUGUUCGAUCCUGAUAUUUACUCCAACCAUGACACCAUCAAGCCCGCCCAGACGGCUGAUUACUCGGCGAUGGCGUCUCUGGCCGGCGGACUAGAAGAGAUGAAGAGCAGCCUGGCCAAUCAGACGGCAGCGGAUUUGGGCCCGAGCGUAGCAGGACCUCAGAGUUACCAGCUAGUGUCGGGUCGUGAUCUAGGCAGCACCACGCUUCCAGGUUACCCUCCUCACGUUCCCCCGGCCGGCCAGGGCAGCUACUCAGCCCCGUCGCUCACAGGAAUGGUGCCCGGGGGCGAGUUCUCGGGCAGUCCGUACUCCCACCCGCAGUACUCCACGUACAACGAGUCGUGGAGGUUCGCCAACCCGAGCCUGCUGGUGUUCCAGCAGGAGUACGGUUCUCUUCUAGGCUCAGAAAGAGCAGCUUCUUCAGGCCUUUUUCCCAGCCAGACCACACAACCUGCAGGAUCUCCGUAUUACUACGGCGCAGCCACACGGGGUUCAGGACCUGCAGCCACGGCGACAGCCAGCGCCUACGACCGCCACUGAGGGGAGAGGAAAAGAGAGGGAAUGAGAGACGGAAAGAGAAAGCGCGUGCGAGAGAGAGAGAGAGAGAGAG